UCAGUGUUUACACGCGCACGCUAAUGCAGGAGCCAACCAGUCAUGUAAACAGUUUACAAACUACACACGCGCUGUAUGUCCUAAAGAUGUCCGAAACAUUACAUCGACUUAAAUGAGCUCUGCUGACAUCCAGUCAUGGACAUGUUUAAUAAAGUUACGGCUUUUCUGCAGCAGGCUUUGGAAACGAGGGAGCCUUCGAUAGACCUUCUGGACUCUUUUGUGGAUCACUGGAAAGCAAUAACCAACUAUUACAUUGAAACUACUGAUGAGUCUCGUCCGGUGAAGCACACAGACAUCCCAUGGAGAUUAAAACAGAUGCUGGAUAUCCUGGUGUACGAAGAAAAGCAGGAAGGCGAGGAAACUGGUCCUUGUAUGGAGUAUUUACUCCAGCACAAAAUACUGGAGACACUUUGCACACUGGGGAAAGCACAGUAUCCUCCAGGCAUGAGUCAACAAGUCAUGCUCUUCUUCUCUAAAGUCCUGGGCCAGAUCCAAAAACCUAUGCUGCAUUUAAUCAACGUAUAUCGACCUGUACAGAAAUUGAUUCAACUAUGUGGACUUCCCGAGUCGCAGACAGAGAAAGAGGAAUCUCAGUUUUUAUUUGUUGUUUGCACUCGAGUGAAGAAAGAUCCCUAUGUCCUCCACUACAUCCUUGAGGAUAGCAAAGAGAUUCAGAAGCAGAGGUCCAGUUCUACCUCAGAAGAGGCUGGAGAGGAGGGGUGCAGUGGACCCUCCUGUCCGGAGAGGACUUCCUCCUCCUCCGGUGCUGCCCGGACUGAAGCUCAUCACUCCAGCUCACCUCAGACAGUCAAAGGCAUUAUACCUGUACUCAUACACCUGGGAAAAUGUCAGAAAAGUCGCAUUGCCCUCCGAGCUCUGGAGAGUUUGUUGCUGCUGGUCAGUUUACCACAGGAAGACACCGCACAGCUGCUGGCUGAGAGAACGCCACUGUGUCACUUACUCGCUCAAAGAUUAACUGAACUUUACUGCCUUAUACCCACAACACUCGACCCUGCAGAUAUACACAGCUUCCCCAAUAUACAGUGGAGGACUCAGUUUACAGAGGACAGUGCAGAGGAGAGUCAAUCUCUCCGUGGCAGUGAACACAUCUACAGGUUCUUCAGCUUUCUGGAUUACUGCAAUCAAAUCAUCAAUGAUGCACCAAAGGUACUUGCUAUUAAAAUGGCCAAAGCAAUUCACGAUCAAUGGCUUAUGGGAAUCAUCGAGCCUCAUCUUCUUCAGAUGUCAGAGGUCGGGGUUUUAGUACACACCGCUCUGCUGUCCUGCUCUUUACGUCACACACAUUCUCCCGUCCUCCUGGAGGAGUUUGUUCAGUUUCUUUUGGGCAGCGACACACAAUGCGAACAGCGAGAUGACACCCAUUCACACACCCUCCGUUAUCGCCUUAUUGAACACUGCAAUCACAUUUCUGAUGAGAUCAGCAUCACCACUUUGCGAGUGUUUGAGGAGCUUCUACAGAAACCCAACAAGCACAUCUUGACCAAUCUGGUGCUGCGAAACCUUGAGAAGCGCAGCUACAGGCUGCCUGGGUCAGGGGGCGGGGACGAAAGACAAGGAUCCGAACCGGAUCUUUUAGAAGAGUCUGACGAUCUGGAAGAAGAUCCCUUCUUCACAGACAUGUAUGAAGACAGUGGAUUCGGCGGGCAGGAGACUCUCCUCUCUCUGCCCAGUGUUAGACAGAGACGUAACCCCAACACAGAUAUACAAGUCGCUGACUUCGUCAACAGCUUCUUGUGUUUAGUGCCUCAAGAGGCAAAAACAUCCCAUCUCGUGCAGGAGGCAGGAUAUGAAACGUACGUUCAUGAUGCACACAGAAUGUUAAAAGAAUGCACUGCUUUGUCAAUGGAGUGGAAUUGGCCAGAAUCUGUCAAAACCCUUGAAAGUCCUUCAGCUACAGACUUUUAUGAAGGGCACUUCCUUAAAAUGCUGUUUGACAGGAUUGCUCGCAUACUAGAGCAGCCAUAUGAGCUGAAUCUGCAGGUGACCUCCGUUCUGUCCAAGUUAGCUGUUUUUCCUCACCCUCACCUGCAUGAGUACUUACUGGACCCUUACAUUAGCCUAAGCCCUGGAGCACGGUCCCUCUUCUCAACUCUUGUCAGGGUGAUAGGAGAGCUGAUGCAGCAAAUCCAACACAUCCCUAAUGUGACAGAGAGACUGAUGAUCAUCAGGAGACAACUGAUGGGAGAGGAGGAGGAGACUAUGGUGGACCAUGCGACACUGUUAAAGGGUGUAAUAGUGCUUGAGGAGUUUUGUAAGGAACUGGCUGCCAUUGCAUUCGUCAAACUGCCCGUGGAACAGCAAUAAAACCCGAUGCCAGAAACCAAAGAAUAGAAAGUAUCAGCACCUGAACAACGUCUCUAUUGACAUGAAAAAAAAGAGUUGCACACGGUGUAGUUAUGUGGCAAUAUUUUUACAUAUCAAAGUCACUUUUAAUGUUGGAGAAGCCAACUUGCCUAAUGGCUUACCUUUUCAGCAUUGUACAUAAAAAGCAAGCGAGUAUAGAAGACUGAUGGUAUGAUAUAAGAUAAAGAGCGAACUGUGAAGUUGCUCAUUCUUCAUACCUGCACACACAUCAGAUCUUGAAGAAUAAUAAUAAAAUUUCACUUCAAGUGGCAUUAAUAGGACAAAAUUGUCUUUUGCACAAUAAUAUUGUGGGGAGGGUUGUUACUCAGUAGUUUUAUAUACAACCAGUCAAUCAACUAAGAGACUUUUAUUAGAAUUUAGAAAUUUUAAUAAAGCAGAGGCGACCUAGUUUGGACUUAUAAUGUUAUAUUUAUUUGAUUGUGUAAAGCAAAACCUGAUCUCAGAGCAGAAGAUUUUAAGCCAUUGCACAUCCUCUUUUACCUUUCAUUCAUUUCUUUGUAUUGCUAUAUUAACUGGACUUGUUAAUACUCUUGGUGUGUAAAUUAAGUAUCUUUGCAGUAAGAUAUUUUUAUUUAUCUUCGAUUUUCUGAAAUGUAUGUAAAUCAAUGUUUCAUUUUGGUUUUAUGGCUAAAGCAAAGAUCCAGAGUGGUACAGAUUUUUUUUGUGUGUGUGUGAGUGUGAUUGUCUAGCUGUUUAUAAUUGGCCUUUAUUCUCAAUAGGACCGGAGGUGAUAUGUGACGUAUUUUGUGAUUUCAUUAAAAUGCUAAACAGCAUGACUGUAAGCAAUAAUUGCUCUUUUACAGUACAUUACAGUACUCUUCACAGCAAUAAACUCCUAAAAAUGUUCAUACAAAA